CAUUCGUCCGUCCGCUGCUCAUCCUUCCGCCACUACCACCUCACCACUACUACCACAUCACGUCACGAAAUUAACAAAACCACGCCCCCCACCCACCACCCACCGCUCACCACAUCCCUCAAACAAACGCAAAAAACCCCCCACCAACCAAAACAAAACAACCGCACAAUGGCCGCCGCUGACGACCUCCUGCCCCCGCCGCUCGCGCAGCUGCUGCCGCUACUUCACACCCUGCAACAAUACACGACGCACAUCACACCAUACAUCGCGCUGACGCAGCGGGCGGGGACAUAUCUCAAGACCGCGGACCUGACGACUAUCGCCGCGCUGCUGCUGAUCUUUUAUCUCUCCACCAUGCUGCUGGGUAUGGCUACGCGCUGGGUGCUGGGGGUGGUGAGGAUGUUUAUCCGCCUUGUGGUGGUUAUGGUCGUGGUCAUUGGGGGGCUGUGGUGCUGGCAGGUGGGCGUGGAGGUUGCGGUGCAGAGGGUUAUGAUGCUCGGCGCGGAGGUUAGGGGGAGGGUCGAGGGGUGGGAGAAGAUGUGGGCGGGGGGGAGGGGGUGGUAG